CAAUUGCUAUGGAAUCUGCCAGAGUCUUUGUCGGGCUCAAACCACCAGAGGCUGUCUCCCAGUUGAUCGUGAGAUAUCAAAAGAACCUUCAAGAAGCUAUUCUUGAUAGAGGUUCAAGUAUAAACUUAUUGGGAGGAAAGCAGUCAAGUUUCGUUCGCUGGACUGCUCAAGAUUCACUUCACCUCACGCUUCAUUUUAUCGGUUCUGUUUCUCGGGAAGUUCUAGAUUCCUUACGAUGGAAGUUUCGUGAGAAGGUUUAUCAAAUAAAGCCUUUCAAAGUUACUCUUGGUUCGAUGGGAUUUUUGCCAAAGAACAGGAAGAAUAUGCGAGUCGUUUACUUGAGUGUGCUGGAUCCCGAGAAAAACUUAGAUUCCUUAGCUGCUAGAAUACGUUCCUGUGUAUUAGAACAAUUUGGACUCGCCAACGAGUCAGCAGUGGUUGUGGAUUCUGAUAUUUCGUCUUCUGCUGUGAGUCAGGCUGAUAUCAAACAAAGUGAAGUUCUUCCCAGUCUCGAUCAGCAGACUGCGUUGAGUGAAAGAAAACAAGAAAACGUCUCUUUUUAUGAAACGCUUGACAAAUUGAAAAAGUCUCAUCCUUUUUUGAAGGGAAGUGAUAGCCCUUUCCUCCCUCAUAUCACACUGGGAAGAUUGGAAAGAACAGCCAAACGAGAGGAGAGAGAUUACUUAGCUUCUGUUAUCUCGAAGACUUCAUUGUUGAAUGAACCAUCUUUACAUAUCGGUAAUACUAUUGAAUGGGAGGUCAAGUCGUUUGUCUUUUAUGAGUCUGUUCAAGAAGAUGGACACUCACAAUACAAAAUCUUGGAGGAAUUUUACUUUUGAAAAUCUUUUGCCGCAUUCGAAAAAAUCUUAAUUGGUUAUUGU